AUGGACGGCUGCAGCAGCUGGUUGCCAUUCCUAGGCGCUGGAAUUGGCGACGGCGUAUCGAGCAGGAGUGGCUUGGAGGUGCAGCAGAAGCAGGACCUGCCGAUUAGCUCGCAAGUGGAGGAGCAGCUCCAACAGUUCUACUUGCUGAUGGACAUGGAGAAAAAUGGACACACAGAGCCAGAGGUGGUGCCCUCGUCUGAAUCAUCCAUGUUCCGCUCCUUCUCUGGAAGUCCCGACGAGAUCUCGUCGCUCAAGCAACGUAGCAGCAACAUCACCACUGCAAACUCUUGCCACCACCCGGCACCUGCAGAGGUCUCUUCCCAGCAGAGACAGCUCUCCCCAGUCACCUACGGCAGCGACCGCCACUAUGACCAACAGUGCUAUGGCAACCUUGACAAGAUCCUAAACCUGGACGAAUUCAACUGCCAAGAAGCUCACAACGAACGAGCGCAGCUCAAGAACGGCCAUGGCGGCGCGUUCAUGCCCUACGUCCGCCACCUCAGCCCGAAGAAGAAGCCCAAUAAGCCAGGCUCCGGCGGGCAGAGGGCGAUCAAGGCGGCCAUGUCAGCUGUGGGAUGGAUGCACAUGGUCAGGCUUGCCCAGUGGCGGCAGUGCUGCUACCAGAUGGAAAUGGCAGUAGCGCCGCCCACCGGCGGGAGCAACUGCAACCAGCAGCAGCACGUUUUGUCGGAGCGCAAGCGCCGCGAGAAACUCAACGACAGCUUCAGGGCUCUCAGGACAGUGCUCCCCCCUGCAUCCAAGAAAGAUAAAGCAUCCAUACUGAUCAGAGCAAGGGACUACGUGAGCACUCUCGAGUCUCGAGUGUCUGAGUUAGAGGAGAAGAACAGGAUGCUAGUAGAGUUGCUGCACCGCCAUGACAAUGGAGGCGAUCCAGGCGAUGUUUCUGGCAAACAGAUUGAGGUCGAUAUCGAUAUCAAUAGAGAAGCAUGCGCGGUAAAGGAAACAUCACAGGAAUUUCGCCUGAAGAUAAUGGUAGGGUCAGAGUGCAAUGCCAUGGAUGCUGUAGUUAGUAUACUUGAGUGCCUCAAGGAGAUAGGGGACGUGAGAUUGUUAUCCAUGGACACGGGCAGCAGAGCCACCACCUUAACAUUACAAAUGAAGUCUAGCAGAUGGUAUGACAAUAUCCUGAAGGAAUAUGUAAUAAAGAGUGUCAAGGGCGCCAUGAAGUCAAAGAUAGAGACAAGCUAA